UUCUCAAUCUCUGGUCAUCUUUCACAGUCUAUCAAUAAUUGUAGUCGAAGUUCCUGUUCGACUAUAUCCAUGUUGUGAUACAAUUUUAUUUUAACAUAUUCAAAUCAGUACGAAGUUUGCGCUAAACCAUGUCUAAAGAGCAAGGAUUUGUAGGUGACAAAGAAUUGUUUGAAUCGAGACUUUGCAGACUCAUGGAAUAUCAAAUACAGCAAACUCAGCAUCAGUUAGAGAUGUACCAGGCACAAUAUCAACGUCAGAUAGGGGAGUUAACUUCUAGUAUAAUCAAACUUAUACAAACACUUGAAAUAAAUGCUAGAAUUGUUGAUAACGAUGGUAAUGAUGAUACUCGACUUAAGGUUGAAGUUAAUAGUCCACAGAAAUCAGUUGAUGCCGUACCACCACUGCCACAGCCAGAUUGCAUAGGUACACCUCGGGAAAAUGAGCAGGAACCUGGUCAUCAAGAUAUAUAUGGUGACAACCAAAGUACUUUUGAGGAAAUUGAAGAAGAAAUUACUAUUGAAGAGGAAACGGAUCCUUGCCUGUUAGAACAAGCGAUGUCUAAUGUUGAACUUCAACCACAACAACCGCGCCUUAGUGACUUCACUGGGAUUCCAUCGGUGGAUUCUCCCACAGUUCAGCUUAAUUCUACCAAGAGAAAUUUCUAUCUUCCUGGAUGCUUGCCACUCUAUAACUUCUCCAGGGAAGGUAAAUGGGAAAAGGCUAAAGUGUUAUUGACGAAGCAGCCGGAAUUACUAAAAUCGGUGAUAACAACUGCGUCAGAUACCGCACUACUUGUAGCUGCAAAAAAUAAACAAUGGACGUUUGUUGAAGAAAUCCUGAAGAUUAUGCCACCGGAUGCUCUUGAAUUAAAGGAUAACGUUUAUGGUAACACUGUACUUCACAUUGCAGCAAGAGAAGGAAACAAGAAUGUUGCUAAGGCUAUAGUGGAUAAGAACCGUAAUGUGACACAGAUACGUGAUAAAUACCAAAAAGUACCACUUCUAACUGCUGCAUUGUUUGUUUCACCUGGACAAAAGGAUACUAUUGAGUAUCUAUGCACCGUUACUGAAAACAAGGACCCAAGUCCCUUUUCUGGCCCUGAUGGUGCUUCACUGAUAUGCAAUAUACUUGAUGCUCAUUACUAUGAUAUUGCAUCGUACCUCUUCCAACGGUAUCCCGAUUUGUGCUACAGAAGAAAACAAAAAACAGCAGGAUGUGGCCAUUAG